ACCUCUAGGGCGUUCCUUGCAGCACGUGGAUCCGGGUCCUCCUGCUCUCCCGUCCUUUGCAAAGCCUAAAGGAGCUGCCAUGGUCUUCUUAACCUCCGCUCUUUGGAUCCGGUCCCGUUUGACGGAUCGCUUCUGGCGCAAGCAAGAGAUCCUCCGGUAUGCACGGCAUUUUCGAGGACGGAAAAACCGCUGCUAUAGCUUGGCCGUCCGAGCGGUCCACAGAGCUUUUGUGUACGCCACGAGGGCCAGAAAACUGAAGAAGAAGGACAUGAAAAUGCUCUGGAGAACCAGGAUUGAAGCGGCCGCCCUUGAGCAUGGGGUGAAAUAUCACGUCUUCAUGGGCAAUCUUGCUAAGUGUCAGGUGGAAUUGAACCGCAAAGUCCUGGCCGACAUGGCGAUCUACGAGCCAAAGACGUUCAAAUCCUUAGCCGCUUUGGCCAAGAGGCGAGGCGAAGAAGGCCUGCUGGCGGCCCAGGAAGACGGAAGGGAACCCGAAGGGAUAUUCUCACGCCUGGUGAAACUUUACUGAAGUUGUGCGAUGUCGCUCGCUCACGACCCCGUGCUAAAAUUAAAAAGAGACGUUUCUUUUUC